GAUACACUGACUUGUCUACUUUCCAUCAUCUCUGUACAGUACCGUUUGGGCGCAACUUCAUUGAGUGUACAAGUCGUUCUCUUCUUGUCACUGCUUUUUUCGGUUCUUUCCUCAUCCUCCAUCCCCUUCGAGCACGACGACCGAGAAACACUUUGGGAUCCCGGCUGGCACAGGAAGGAUGGCUGCUGAUGAUGCUUCGAUAAAUGAAUCGAAGCAAGAUUCGACGAAACCCAGCGACGACCAACCUCACGCGAUCUCCGAAGCGAAUGGCACCUUAACCAAUGGAGACGACCAUGAGGCAUCAAAGGCUGAUGGCGAAGCACCGCCAGCGGAGAAUGUGUUCCAGCUCACUGUCAAGCUGCCUCAUGCUCCAGGGGAAACACAAAUAAUGGUGUCGAGCCAAGAGCAAGUGCAGGACAUCCGGCAAUCCAUCAUCGACACACCCCACACGUUCCAAUACUCGUGCUUCCAUCUGGAGCACCAGGGCAAGCGCAUCAAUGACUUCGUUGAGCUGCACGAGGUGGAGGGCAUAGUUGCUGAUCCAGUCUGCAAGCUUGUGGAGGACCCAUACACCGAAUCGCAGGCGCGGAUGCACGUUGUGAGAGUGAGGGAACUCAUUGGCGCUGCCGGUGAUCGAACAGAUUUGGUGACGGGCAUUGAUGCAGGCCUCAGUCUCUGCGACAGCGUUGAAUUGACGGAGAAGACAGACAACGAGCCUGACAACCCGAUCACUGGCUACGAUCUGAACGCACCAGGCUCUGUAUCGACACUGCUUCCAAAGGCUCGCGAUGCUGCACCAAAAACUGUCAAGAGCAUCUCAUUGUCAGCCUGGAAUCCUCCUCCAUACCACCUCCGCAACAAAGGCCACCUCCUCUACCUUCAGGUUGUCACGAAUGAAGGCGAGCAGUUCUACGUCACCUCACAUGUCUCUGGCUUUUACGUGAACAAGUCGACAAACAACAAAUUUGAUCCAGCUCCGAGAAGCUCCCCGAAAAGUGCAUCGGCACAUUCCCUCAUCAACUUGCUCAGCCAGAUUUCACCAUCGUUCGAGAGCAACUUCAAGCAGCUGCAGGAGUACAAUGGCAAGCGCGACCCGCUGGCAUCGUAUGCUCUCAGCAAUUGCAUCCCCGCCGCGCCCUGGCUCGCGUCCACUGCUUCUCUGCAGCAUCAUCAGGCCGACGUCAUGCGUACGCAAGAGGCAUAUUUGCUGGGAGGUGUGGAGAACGCUGAGACACUCCGUGACUGGAACGAGGAGCUCCAAUCGACCCGUGAGCUGCCUAAAGAGACGGUGCAGGAUCGCGUGUUCCGAGAAAGAUUGACGAGCAAGCUAUUCGCCGAGUACAACGAAGCAGCUGUGCGCGGUGCUUGCCUUGUGGCUCGUGGGGAGGUUCAGCCAUUGAACCCAACGGAGGCCAAGGACGCACAAAUCUUCGUCUACAACAAUGUCUUCUACAGCUUUGGUGCUGAUGGAGUGGGCACCUUUGCCAGCGAUGGAGGUGAUGAGGCCGCAAGAGUCGCAACGGGCAAGGAUGUGCAGGGCGUGAAGGCUGUGAAUCAGCUGGACAUCAAUGGCCUGUUCACACCCGGCACCGUUGUCGUGGAUUACCUGGGCAAGCGUGUUGUUGGUCAAUCCAUCGUUCCUGGCAUCUUCAAGCAGAGAGAACCUGGCGAGCACCAAAUCGACUAUGGUGGAGUUGAGGGCAAGGAUAUUAUCGCAUCAAAUGAGGGCUUCGUCCAACCCUUCAGCGAGCUCAGCAAGGCAAUGCGCGUGAAGAAGCAUGCUGUCUGGGACAAGGAACUGAAAAAGCACGAUCUCGAGGCCAGUGUUGAGACAAAGGGAUUGCUGGGAACUGACGGCAGGAAAUAUGUCCUCGAUCUGUACAGAGUCACACCUCUGGACAUCUCUUGGCUCGAGCAACACCGCGGCGAUGACCAGACUGAGGAGAAGCGAUACCCGCACCGUAUGACAGUGCUGCGUCCCGAGCUCGUCGAUUCGUACAGGUUCAAGCAGAUGAGAGAGUACGUAGGAAAAGAGCUCGAGAAGAAGCAGGCUGAAAAGGGACAAUCCACCGCAGGCGCUUCAGAGGAGAAGCCCAAGGAGUUGACAAGCGACGAGGCAGAGGACAAGAAGGAAGACGGAGAAACAGCGGAGGAGACAAAGCCAAAGCAGCAGGACACCGUCGACAUCUCCAACUUCCAAUUUGCGCUCAACCCUGAUGUCUUCAGCGGACAGCAGCCGCAGACCGAAGAAGAGAAGGAGGAGUGGGCACAGGAUGAGGCUCUUGUACGUGCAGUGUGCGAGUACUUGACCUCCGAUGUUCUUCCUAAACUCGUGCACGAUCUGCAAGAGGGAGACGUUGGGUUCCCAAUGGAUGGACGUGCCUUGGUUCGGGAGAUGCACAGGCGCGGUGUCAACAUUCGCUACCUGGGUGAGAUCGCCCGUCUCACAUCCGAGAAGUCCGACAAGCGACUCGUAGCUUUGCAACAGCUAGCACACCAGGAGAUGGUCAGCCGAGCGUUCAAGCACAUCGCGAACAAGUACCUUCGCACAUUACCUCCAUGCUUCGCUCAGAGCUGUGUCUCCCACCUGCUUAACUGCUUGGUGGGCACGCAAGCCAACGCUAAGCCCUACGCUGAAGUUGACACCGAGCUCAAGUCGCUCUACCCAGAAGCCUCAUUCGACUUUGAGAAGGAAACCCCUGAAGGCUUGGACGCAGAGAUCAGACGCCAAGUGUCCCUACGAUAUCGUUACGAUAUUCAGAGCGAUCUCGUGCAAGACGGCAAGCGGUUGCAGCUCGUGCGAGAGGUGUCCAAGAAGCUUGGAUUCCAGCUCGAGGCCAAGGAUUACGCCUUCACGAAGGAGGCGGCCGCUGCUCAACCACAAUUGCACGAGAAGCAAUCUGCAGACUCGCUUGCUGAGCCACAGACUAACGGUACGUCGAACAGCAAGAAGAGCAAGAAGAAGAAGCAGCAGGCAGAGAGCUCUCCAUCCCGCGCGCAAGCAGCCACGCCGACGGGUCCACCACAGACUUUCCACCCUGACAACGUGCUCAACAUCGUACCUCUUGUCAAGGAGGCUUCUCCAAAGAGUGUCCUUGCUGAGGAGGCACUUGAAGCCGGACGCUUGAGCUUGCAGCAGGACCAAAAGGAGCUCGGCCAGGAGCUGCUCCUUGAGAGUCUGAGCUUGCACGAGCAGAUCUAUGGCAUCUUGCAUCCCGAAGUGGCUCGCGUCUACUAUGCUUUGUCCACUCUGUACUAUGGAUUGGAGGAGAAGCAGGCUGCGGUCGAGCUCGCGAAGAAGGCCGUCAUCGUUUUUGAGCGAACUCUCGGCAUCGAUGAUGCUGACACCAUUCUGGCGUACUUGAAUCUGAGUCUGUUCGAGCAUGCGACGGGCAACACCAGAGGUGCGCUCGCCUACGUGCGUCACGCACUGAACUUGUGGAAGAUUGUCUACGGCAUCCGCCACCCUGAUUCGAUAACCACGAUCAACAACGCGGCCGUCAUGCUUCAAUCUUUGAAGUCAUUCCACGAGUCGCGACUGUGGUUUGAGGCGUCUCUGGACAUCUGCGAAGAGGUCUCUGGCAAGCAGUCCAUCAACACUGCCACGCUCCUCUUCCAGCUCGCCCAAGCGCUUGCCCUCGACCAAGACUCGAAGGCUGCUGUGAGCAAAAUGCGUGAGAGCUACAACAUCUUCAAGGCAGCUCUCGGACCUGAGAAUCAAAACACCAAAGAAGCGGAGAACUGGCUCGAGACCCUCACUCACAACGCGGUCAGCCAAGCGAAGCAGGCCAAUCUCCUUCAGAACCGUAAGAUACUUCUGAGGACAGGCCGGCAAUCCAAGGUACAGCUCGGCGGCACCAGACAGACGCCUCCUGCGGGUCAGUCGGCGCCCGAUGCGCUGCAGGCAGCGGCCACACCGAGCCAGGGUGGUGUUGAUCAGCGUAACCUCGAUGAGCUUAUUAAGUAUAUCAACGGCGAGAGCGCGAAGCAGACGACACCCAAGAAGAAGACCACGGCCAACCCAAAGCGUAGGCAACAGAGGGCAUAAAUUAUCUCUUGGAUACAUGUAUUGAUUGCUCUCUCCUGGCGAACUUGGCAUUGGUACCAUCUAGCGACACUUGAGUAGAAGAAACCAGUCGGCGGAGGCUGGCGGGCAAAUUGUCCCAAUGGAUAUUGCGGAAUAAUGUUGCGGAGCCGAACGAACCAAGGAGCAUCGCCCACGACUGAUUGAAACAUUGUACAUUGUAGAUGGCACUUGUGUGGAGGUGAAACAAAAGAAGAAGACGAAUAAGUUUUGCAGAAGAGGUUUAAUCACCACUCACAUCGCUUUCAGAGCAGAGCGCGCAUUAUUGUACAAAGAAAGAAAGUAGAAUUGUAGAGAUUAUGUAUAGUAGGAAAAGCAAAAAUUCUGCACUAUUGAGACC